UUUGGAAGACUGCUCGACCUGUGUCAUCCUAUUCAUAAAAAAUACCAGCUUGCUGUUACCAAGGUAUUCAGCAAAUACAUGACUGCUAUUGUUGUUGCCACUGAAAAAACAGCAAGAGAUUGCAUUCGGUUCCUAAAACAAGAACGAGCUGAACCUGAAACUUUUCUUGCUUUGGAUUACCUUGAUGUUAGACCAAUCAACGAGAAGUUAAGAGAGAUAAAAGGAGCUAAAAUGAUGGUGGAUGUUGUACAAACUCCAUUUGCUCCGCUGAAAAAAGUGAUUCAGUUUGUGAGUGGGAAUGGCUUGGUCUGUGAAACAGUUAAAGAAGCGAAACAGAUAGCGUUUGAUGGACCAGUGAGGUUGAAAACAGUGGCUCUUGAUGGAACUUUAUUUUUGAAAUCUGGAGUGAUUUCUGGAGGAUCAAGUGAUUUAAGAUUCAAAGCUAGAUGUUGGGAUGAUAAAGAAAUUAAUAAAAUGAAAGAAAGAAGAGAUAGCUUGAUUAAUGAGUUAAAGGACUUAAUGAAGAUCAAACGUAAGGAGGCUGACUUGAAGCAGUUACAUGCUCAAUGCCACGGAACUCAGACACGACUUAAAUAUUCACAGAGUGAAUUAGAGCUUAUUAAAAAGAAACAUCUCGCUAAUCUCUACACGGAAAAAUCAAAACUGGAAAGUGAACUGGUAAAUAUUGAGUCUCAGCAUGAUAUGCUGAAUGAAGGAGUAGCACAAAGAAAAGAAAGAAUAGAAGAAUUUCAGAAGAAAAUUAAUGAGGCUGAAGAUGCUGUUUUCCGGGAAUUCUGUGAAGAAAUUGGUAUAGAAAAUAUUCGUGUGUAUGAUCAAGAACGUAUGAGACAACAAGAGGAGAUUGAUAAGAGAAGACUGGAGUUUGAAAAUCAGAAGACACGACUAAACGUUCAGCUGGAAUAUGUUCGUGAUCAUCUACAAAAAUUAACAGACAUAGUCAGCAAGUUGAGGGAAACCAUUCGUAAAGACGAAGCUGAGAUUGUCGGGCUACAGAAGAAUGAGGAAAAGCUUCUAAGAAACGUGAAUGAAAUUGUGGAGAAGCAGCAACAUCUUAAGGACAGAUUAAGUGCUCAUAAGUCUGAGGUUACAAAAACCCAAAAUGAAGUUGAAGAGUUCAGAAGGACGUUGUUAACUCUUAAUAGGGAAGCUACAAAAUUACAAAAGGAAGCUACAGCUAUAGAAACCUCUCUGGAGGAGAAGAGAUUAAGGCGACAUAAUCUGCUUCUUGAAUGCAAGGUGCAGGACUUGAAAAUAAAGCUCCUCUCUGGAUCACUGGAUGACAUCAGUGAAGUAGAGCUAGGAACUGAAACAGAGGGCACUCAGACUACAUCAAGUAUCUAUGAAAGGGAAGAGGCAAUUCGGAUAGACUACAGCAGCCUAGCAGAAGACCUGAAGGACCUAGAGUCUGAUAAAGAUAUAAAGGAUCAGCUGACCCAGAUGCAGCAGGAAAUAAAAGCUAAAGAGAGUACUUUAAUGAAGACAGCUGCUCCAAACCUCAGAGCAGUAGAGAAAUUACAGCUAGCUCGGGACAAGUUCCAAGAAUCAAUAGAUGCUUUUGAGACCAGCAGAAAGGAGGCCAGAACGUGCAAGCAAGAAUUUGAACAGGUGAAAAAAAGGAGAUACGAGCUUUUUAGUCGGUGCUUUGAGCAUGCUUCCGUAGCUAUUGAUCAGAUCUACAAGAAACUCUGCAGAAACAGUAGUGCUCAGGCAUUCCUUAGUCCCGAAAAUCCUGAGGAGCCUUACCUGGAAGGCAUUGGUUUUAACUGCGUGGCUCCGGGAAAGCGCUUUAUGCCAAUGGACUGUUUGUCCGGAGGUGAAAAAUCUGUGGCAGCUCUGGCUCUUGUGUUUGCUAUACACAGUUUUCGGCCAGCACCUUUUUUUAUUUUAGAUGAGAUAGAUGCUGCCCUGGAUAACACAAACAUUGAUAAAGUAUCAAGUUUCAUUAGAGAACAGGCACACCAGCAAUUGCAAAUGAUAGUCAUUUCUCUAAAGGAAGAGUUUUAUUCCAGAGCAGAUGCAUUGAUUGGAGUGUGUCCAGAGCACGAUGACUUUAUGUUCAGUCGAGUACUGACUUUGGACCUUACCGAGUAUCCAGACGUCGAUGACCAGGAAAGAACAGAGAAGCACAAACGCAAUUCUGCGUCAGAAUAAAGCAUGGAUGAUUUGGGGCCAGGUGACAACAGCAACAACUGCGUUUACAGCUGACCUGCAAAUCUGAGUUUGAAU